UGGAAGUUGAUCCUAAUCCUGUUUCUCAAAAUGUUGGACACAGCAACUGGAGUUUUUGUUUACACGAUUUCUACAAGGUGCUUGAGAUUUCUGUCGAUUCAGAGCAUUUUAAACAUAUUUGCUACAGUAUGGUCUGAUAUAUGUGAGAAUCCCAGAUUUGCUACAGUAUGGUCUGAUAUAUGGAAAAUUCCCAGCUGGAUUGAGGAUGAAUCAAUAUCAAUGGCAAUAGCAGAAGCAUUUGAGUGCUUAAGUUCAUCUGAAAUAUGGCUGUUACCUGAUCAAACUUGUUCUGAAUUUUCAAAAGUUCUUGCAAAGGAAUUUGAGUCAAAUCUUUGCAGGAAUUCAGAAAUGUUGAAAAUUGAAUCACCAGUAGCAAUUCAAGGCUCGAAUAUGACUGAAACAUCUGGAGAUGAGUCUAUGGACAGAAAUGUAGAAUCCUUGCCAGUUGCAUCAUUACAUAUUGUUGUGUUUCAGAGGUACAGUGAGUCUGAAAGUUUUGAAAGUAACCCAUCACCAAACAUUAGGUAUAUACAAUCACUCGAAUCUAUUGAUCAGAAUUCGGAGAUUGGGCUUCGCAUAAAUGAAGAAGAUCAACAUUCACAUUCCAAGAUUAGUAUAUAUACAGAAGAUCAGUAUGCAGAGUCUGAGCUUAACAUAAAUACAGAAGAUCAGCAUUCUCAGUCCGAACUUACCAUAAACACAGAGGAAUUGCCGAUUGUAUCAUCAAAAGCAGUAGCGUCUGAGUGGCUCAGGGUUUCUGACACUCCUGAAAGUAAACCCUCACCUGAUUAUACUUGGAACAAACCUACGAGGGCUUCUUGUCAGCAUUCACAAUUCAAGCUUAGUGUAAAUGAAGAAGAUCAGCAUUCACAAUCUGAGCCUAGCAUAAAUGCAGAGCAGUUGCCAAUUGAAUCAACAAAAACAGGGGCAUCUGAAUGCUUAAGUGUUUAUGGAACUGCUCAAAGAAACCCCUCACCUAAUUCUGCUUUCAACAAACCCACAACACCUCUUUAUCAGCAUUCAGAAAUUGAAUUUAAUAUAAAUGCAGAAGAUCAAUAUUUACAGUCCGGGCUUAGUAUAAAAGCAGAAGAUAAAUAUUCAGAGUCUGAGCUUAGUAUAAAUGCAGAAGAUCAACAUUUACAGUCAGAGUUUAACAUAAAUGAAGAGCAAUUGUCAAUUGCAUCAUCAGAUGCAGUGGCAUCUGAGUGCAUAAGAGUUUGCAGCACUCCCGAAGUUGAAUCCCCACUUGAUACUACUUUUAAUAAACCCACAAUGCUUCUUUAUCAGCAUUCAGAGUUUGAGCUUGGCGUAAAUGGAGGAGAUCAGCAUUCACGGAAUGAGCCUGACAUAAAUGGAGAGCAAAUGUCAGUUGCAUCAUUAAAAGCAGUGGCAUAUAAUUGCCAAAGUGAUUUUGGCACUCCUGCAAGUAAUUCUCCACUUGAUGCUACUUGCAUUAACGCCACCAUGCCUCUUGAUCAGCAUUCAAUAUCUGAGCUUAGUAUAAAUGCAGAUCAAUUACAACUUGCAUCAUCAAAAGCAGUGACAGAUGAGUUCUUAAGUGUUGAAGACACUCAUGAAAAUAACUCACCACUUGAUGCUACAUAUGCAAGUGUGCCUAAAACUCCAGACAAUAAGGAGCAGCCUAAAACAAUUUUUAGUAGCCAUGAUUACUUAAUGACUGGAGUUUCAGCACUGUCACCAUCAGCAAGAGUGUCUGAAACUCAUGACAAUAUCGAUUCACCUGAAAGUACAUAUAAUCUACCUCCGGUAACACAUUCUGCAUACUACCUAAAGUUCCCAUUGAGCCAAAAGGAAAAUUCCUUGAUGGUGACGGCAUUGUCUCCUACUCCUUCAGCAAGAGUCUACAGAACCCAGUCUCCCGAAAGGACUUGCAAUCUACCUUUCACAACAUCAGCAUGUUUAUUUCCACGCUGUUUUCAGACUCCUGACAGGAACCAAUCACCUGAAACAGAUCACAGUAUAUCUUUGAUGCCUCUGGCAUAUCAUUCAGAAUAUGAAAGACCCACAGAAUCAUGUACACCACCUAAUGGUACUUGCAGUCCGCAAUUAAAUUCUCUCCAGUUUCAGUCACAGCUCAACAAAAAUGCAGAAACCACCUUAUUCACUGUAACUUUCAACCAGAACUUUACCUGCUUUGCUUGUGGAACAGAUCAAGGCAUCAGGGUCUACAAGUGUGAUCCUUUUGAAGAGAUCUUCAAUGGAUAUUUUGGUCAUGGAGGGAUCAACAUAGUGGAGAUGUAUUAUGCAAACAAAAUUUUAGUAUUUGUUGGAAGUGAAGACAAUAUCCAAUGUCCCCCUAAUAAAGUUAUUAUAUGGGACUAUGAGUUUCACAGAUGUAUAUUUGAACUUACUACUGAAUCCAAAGUCCGAGCAGUAAAAAUUACAAGGAAUCAUAUGGUGGUGGUUUUAGAGCAGGAAACAUGUGUAUACAAUUGUCUGGAAAUUCAAGCAGAGCUUCUCUAUAGAAUAGAGACUUUACCUAAUACCAAAGGCCUUUGUGCUGUUUCUGAUAUGUCAUCAAAUCCUGUUUUGGUAUGCCCUGGUUUACUUAAAGGGCAGGUUUAUAUUGAACACUUUGUACCUCGGAAAACAAGAUUUGUAUCUGCACAUGACUCCCACAUUGCUUGUCUUGCUCUGUCGAAGUAUGGUGCUAUUCUAGCAACUGCGAGCACAAAAGGAACUCUGAUUCGCAUCUUCAACACUUCAGAUGGGACCUGUUUGCAAGAGGUUCGCAGAGGAUCUAAAAGGGCUGAGAUUUAUAGCAUUGGAAUAUCAGAGAUUGCUCAGUUACUUGCAAUGUGUAGCGACAAGGGUACUGUCCAUAUAGUGAAUCUCAAUGAAAAAGUGUCAAGACAAGAGCAGGUGGCCAGAAAAAAAUCAAACAACCUUAAAGGAAAUGCUUGGAGACAGUGGAAUGUUUGUUCUAGUGAGACUAGUCUUGAUCUUCAAGGAGCAAAUAGUAGCUUCUCAUUUUCCUUUAUGAAAGGAGUUGUUCCAAAGUAUUUUAACUCAGAUAGAUCAUUUUCUCAAUUUCAUUUAUCUCCAAAUGUGAGGUCCCUUGUGGGAUUUGGGAAGCAUAACACUAUUAUGGUUGUUGCCUAUGAUGGAAGCUUCUACAGAUGUGAAUUUGAUCCUGUCAAUGGAGGAGAGAUGGUGCAGAAAUUGUAUAAAAGAUUUUUUAAAGCCUGAUUAACCCUAAAUUGAAGUCUAAAAAUAAAACAGGUGGCUGCAAUAAGAUAAAAAAAAAUUGAAGAAUUGAAUUUUUCAUUCCUGAAUAUGUUUCUCAUCGGUUUGAUGGGGUUUGUAUCAAUCAGUAUUCAAGAUUUUCGAGAUGUUGCUCACCAUCAUGGUCAUGGCCGUAGUCUCUAUACAAAUCUAAUUUAAACAACAAUGUGUUCAAUUUUUUUAUAUUCACUAUCGUGGAAUCUGGAGGUGUCCUUGCCUAAGCAAAACUAAUCCCCCAGUGUGUACGACCCACUCACAACCGGGUGACUGAUAUUUAUAUAAUGAUUUAUUUUUUUUA